CGCCGUUGAAUUUGCACCGCCAUCGUCGCUAUCCAACACCGCCUGGGCAUCAUGGCCGUCUCUGCUGCCGCCGACGAAUCCGCGCCUCGAUCCUCUCACGUAUCCGACCCGGCUCUUCGACCCUUUCUCCAGCUCUCCUUCAGCCCCGCCGACUACCUCAAUGCCACCCUCCCUCCACUCGCCCACUCUUCAGCGUCCUCCCGCGCCUCCAAGACCGCCGCCGUCUCCCUCCCAGACCUGUCGUCCCAGACCCAGACACUCCUGUCGCAGCUCAAUGCUCACACCGCCCGCCUGUCCACCAUUCUGACCCAAUUGACCGACGACAUACUGCGGAGCGGGGGCCGUUUGGCGUACGAGGUGGAGGUCUUGCGGGGAGAGACUGUGACUCUCUCGGAAGCUCUGACGGAUGGCUUGCAGCCCGAAAUCUGCAGGUUUCUGCCUGGUGGUAUUUUACUCGAGAAAGAGGCAGCUCCAGAAGCCAGCGAGGAAGAAACAUCCGUAGAUGACGCCGAGCAAGACGCUGGCGGCGACGCGAAAGCUCCCAAUGCAACCAAGUCUGGCGCUGACUUACCGCCAUACAUCUCACAGCUACGGACCUUAACGCAGGUCAGGGACCGCCUAGACAACGUUAUAAAAGUGUUCGGCGAUGCAAUGCAGUGGUCAAUUCCGCCGUCCGAAGUCUCUCUGGCCUCUUCAUUCAUCUCGGUAUCCGCCCCUGAGCCUGGCUCCGACAGCCACAGCAGGGAGGAGAAGGGACGAGAGUUUGCGGAGAAGCUACGAAACGAGAUUUCCGAUCUCAUUACCGGGAGUGACAGUGACGCUGAAGCAGCCUUGAGCCGUAUACAGGCACUACGAGACCUUGCAGAGGUGUGGAAAGGCACAGCAGAGGAGAAGGCCCGCAUAAAAUUCGUCGAAAGCCUGGUCAAGCUAUCAGAGGAACGGCAGAAGGCAACGAGUUCGACUGCGAGCCAGAGGCAAAGGGUCCCGCGCGGUCCUUCUCCGCAGAAACAGCAAGCUCGCGAGAAGGGCCAUGGCGGUGGAUUCCUCGAAAAUAUCUCAAGGAUGCGUGGCAACAUAUACUUAGAGUGAAAGGAACCGUCCAAUAUCUCGCCAAUUGUAUCGUUGUCUGCUUGGAGUAGCAUCUACGUACUGUGCAAGUAUCCACCAAAGAAUGCCGAAGCGCCCUUCAGCACCACUAGGUACCUCCAUUCGGGUACCUAUCAAGGACAGAUUUUUAUUGAAAUUGACGUUAGCCGAGAGUCGGUUACUUUUUCGGAUUUGAGCAGUUUCUUAGAGCUUCCAGUUCCUCCAUUGCUUGCCUGGGCCUGUGUUGAA